GCUUUUUUUCCAUUUAAAGUUAACAAUGUUCAAAUUUGUGUGGCAUGCGAAGAUCAGCCGACGAUCAUAAAUAUUACGUAUCAUUGGCUUCGAGGUUAUAGAGGUUAUAUAAAGACGAGAAAUUUUCGCGCGUUUUCUUAUUGAAAAAAUGACUUCAAUAGCUAGAAAAGUUUGGUCAGUCCCAACCAAAGGUACAUUUGAAAAUUUAGUACUGGAAGAUGAUUUACUUCCACCGCCCCCUCCAAAACACUUAAGGGUACAAGUGAAAAGUAUAGGAUUAAAUUUUGCGGAUAUUUUUUCAAUAUUUGGCCUUUAUUCUGCUACGCCCAAAGGAAAAUUUAUACCAGGAUUAGAAUUUAGUGGUAUAAUUGAAAGUGUAGGAGAUGACCUGGAAGAAAGUGAAUGGUUAGGUAAAAGAGUAUAUGGUGCUACAAGAUUUGGUGGAUUCGCUACUUUCUUGAACGUCAGUGAAGAAUAUGUUAAGAAAACUCCCGAUAAUUGGACAGAUCAACAGGCCGCUGCUUAUGUGGUUCAAGCAUUAACAUCAUUUUACGCUUUAACAGAAUUAGGUGGAAUUAGUGAUAAUAAAACAGUUUUGGUUCAUUCAGCAGCAGGAGGAUGUGGAUUAUUAGCACUUUCUAUAUGUUCAAAAUACAAAAAUGUUAAAGUUGUGGGUACAGUGGGUAAACCUUCUAAACUUGAUUUACUUAAUCAGAAAUAUGCAGCAAAUGAAAAUUUUACAUUUAUAUUACGUGAUCCUUCAAGUGAUUUUGAAAAAAGAUCGAAACAAGCUUUAUUGGGAAUAGGAUUACAAGAACAAGAUGGUUAUGAUAUUAUUUUAGAUAGUGUUAUGGGCAAAUGGUUUUGGCCAAAUUAUAAUUUAUUAGCUAAAGAAGGAAGAUUGGUGUUGUUUGGUUCAGCUAGUUUCACUCCUACCGGUAAUUUACAUCCUAUCUGGAAUAUUUUUGAAUGGUUAAAACUAGGUUGGAAAUACAUUUGGAGACCUAAAAUUGAUCCAAUGGAAAUCAUACAAGAAAAUAAAUCGCUUCUUGGAUUCAAUUUAAUUCAUAUUUAUGAAAGAGCUGAAAGAUUAAAUCAAAUUUUUAAUAAUAUGCAAACUUUGCAAUUAGAAGCUCCUCACGUUGGUCAUGAAUUUGAAUUUGAUCAGCUUGUUGAAGCUCUAACUUUACUUCAGUCUGGUAACACUGUUGGUAAAGUUGUACUUAAUGUAAAUUUUAAUUGAGACUUUGAUUUAACUUCUAAUAAUAAAUCUUUACAUAUCUAUUUUUCUUUACCUUAUAAUUGUUUUGCAAGUAUUUACAUACUUUUUUUUGAUAAUAGCUAUAAAAACAAUUAAUUAACUACGAAUAAUCAUUAGACAUAUAUAUAUAUAAAAUGAUUGUCCACAGGAAACUCACUAAUAUAUUUUCUUGGGAGUUUCCGUCUACAAAAAAAGUAAUAGUAUUGAAACAUAAGAAAUUUUUUAAGUAAAAAAGUUCGUUUUUUUAUCGAUAACAAAGAAAAAAGCAAGUUUUUUUAUCCGUUGCAUUCGGUUUUGCGUCUCCAAUACACUCGCUUUGAUAUACAAAGCAAGCUAUGUUGUGGGUUAG